CAGUGCAAAGUGUCCCCACAACGCCCCCGGCUGGGUCUGCGGCUCCCCCCACCCCUGAGCCAGUGCCAGUGGGGGGAGCGGCCGCGGAGCGGCCGCCGGUCGGGUCCGGUCCCGUCCCCCUCAGGAGGAGACAGGCUCAAGCUGCCUCAGGGGAGACUUGCAAGCUGUGAAUCUGAAGGAGAAGAUACAGACAGUAAGAAAAAGUGAAAGUAGUACUCAAUAUAAAGGGGUAGCAGCUUGUUUGAAAUGUUAUAUGGGCACACAAGAUUAUGUAUAACGAGGAACAUGAAGAGUAGAACACACAUCAAAAACAGCGACAGCUUCCUGUAAGGUGACUAGUGUGACUGCAUGACACUUUUGUAAGAAGCAGACUCAGCUAGGAUGUUACACCAUCACUGUCGGAGGAACCCUGAACUACAGGAAGAGUUGCAGAUUCAGGCGGCAGUAGCUGCUGGGGAUGUUCACACCGUGCGCAAGAUGUUGGAACAGGGCUAUUCUCCAAAUGGUCGAGAUGCCAAUGGCUGGACCUUGCUUCAUUUCUCUGCAGCAAGAGGGAAAGAGAGAUGUGUUCGUGUAUUUCUUGAACACGGAGCUGAUCCCACAGUUAAGGACUUAAUUGGAGGCUUCACUGCUCUGCAUUAUGCUGCCAUGCAUGGCCGGGCAAGGAUUGCACGCUUGAUGUUGGAAUCAGAAUAUAGAAGUGACAUUAUCAAUGCAAAAAGCAAUGAUGGUUGGACUCCCCUCCAUGUAGCAGCCCACUAUGGCAGAGACUCAUUUGUCAGACUCCUGCUGGAGUUCAAGGCUGAGGUUGAUCCGCUCAGUGAUAAAGGUACUACACCGCUUCAGUUAGCCAUUAUCCGAGAGAGGUCAAGCUGCGUGAAAAUCCUUCUGGAUCACAAUGCCAACAUCGACAUUCAAAAUGGUUUCCUGUUACGAUACGCUGUGAUCAAAAGCAAUCACUCUUACUGCCGAAUGUUUCUUCAGAGAGGGGCGGAUACAAACUUGGGCCGCUUAGAAGAUGGACAGACACCAUUACACUUGUCUGCUCUUAGAGAUGAUGUGCUUUGUGCACAAAUGUUAUAUAAUUAUGGAGCAGACACUAACACAAGGAACUAUGAAGGACAGACCCCAUUGGCUGUUUCAAUAAGUAUUUCUGGAAGUAGCCGACCCUGUCUGGAUUUCUUACAAGAAGUAACAAGACAGCCCAGAAACUUGCAAGAUCUAUGCCGAAUUAAAAUCCGCCAGUGUAUAGGCCUUCAAAACCUAAAACUGCUUGAUGAACUACCCAUUGCCAAGGUCAUCAAAGACUAUUUAAAACACAAGUUUGAUGAUAUCUGAUAUCCAUGAAGAAAAGAACUCUGAGCAAGCUUAGUAAUAUUCCAGAUACUUAAAGAGGCUUGUUGCCUUGCACAAAGUAUAUCCUAUGCAAAUUCUGAUUUUUCUGUAAGUCAGAAGGCAGGUAUACACUUCCUUGGGUUUUUUAUACCACAUGCUAGAAGGUCUUAAUUUUUUGGUUUCUUGGUCCAAGUUUACAAGGUCCAAGCUUUCUAUACAAUAUUACAUUUUAAAAAUUUGUUGUUGUGUUUUUUUUAAUGAGGCGUGCAGAUUUGCAAUGGAAAUGGAACAUAGCGUAUUCAAAGGAAGUGAUUGGUUCUGAUUGGCAUGCAUAGUAUUGUAAGCCAUCUGAGCGAUUGUUAAACAAAAUGAGGUUUGGAGA